GUCUCAGUGGCUUUACAGCGAGGUUGCACCUGAAAUUCUCGGCGGGCCGGUAACUGCGGGAACCUCGUACAACAGGGCUACCUUGCCACAGUCCUGGCUAUUCGCCGGCUACGAGAAGCCUGCUCCUGUGGCAAACGAUCAUCUUCAGUAUUCGAAGCUUGUCAGCGGGGUCCGGAUGAGGCAGACUGUUUCAGCUGCUGCAUCGGAACACUGCAUCUUCCCCAGCCUCUUGGAUGGUCAGAAACAAAGGGGCUGGCUGCAGAAGCCCUGUUUCCCCUCUGAGUUGGGCUUGCUGUCGCCGGAACUUCAAGAGGCGGAAAACUUUCAAGGUCUGGAACGCCAGGAAUUUCUGUUCCCGGAUUUAUCGAGCAUGAGCGAAAUGACUCGAAAGUUGUUGGAUAUGGAGGACGGAUGCCACUCUGCAUCCCUUUCAAGCAGCCUCGAGAGUUGCCUUUGCGAGUGGUGUAAAGCGCAAACUCCGAGUCAGCCUUGGAUAGAUGAACGGACGGCUCGGAUCGAAAUUAGUAUGCUGCUGUUCAAUGCCCAGUAUGGAGCCUACACGUAUCUCUCUGUCAACUUUAUGAUGAAUCGUGGUGGUCACAUCCACGCCUUCACGCACUGCUUGUCCGCCUUCGUCAGUCCAUUUCUGCGACCCUUCUCGGAGCUGGUUCUGACUAUCAUUGCUGGGAUACUGUGGAUUGCUGCGCUGCUCUAUGCAGCUGUGGCCGAGAUAUGGGAGAUUAUUAGCACAGUACGGCAGUCAAGCAAGCGCUUCUACAAAUCAUUAUGGCAAGAGUACCUGGGUUUCUGGAAUUUCGUUGACUGGAUGUCGGUGCUUGUUGGUACGCUCACUAUCAGCUUUUGGAUACAGGGCCGCCUAGCUGUGUCUGCUGUGAACGAGCUGAUGCCAGCCAUGAUCCAAGCCAGCCUUGCCCCAGACGCGGGCUACGAAGGGAUCGCGCGAAACGUCUUUGCAAGUGCCGAGGUCAUGAGCAAGGCCAAGAAAGAUAUGGAGCUUACGAUGAUGAUCUAUCCGUUGAUCAUCAUGCUCAGAAUCUUCAGGUCCUUUGAAGCGCAGCCUCGAUUGGCCAUCGUGGCCGCCACACUGAAGACGGCAGCCCCGGAUUUGGCCCACUUCUUUAUGAUCUUCUGGUGUGUCUACUUCUGCUUCGUCGUCAGUAGCUUGCUCUUCUUCGGCCAGGACCUGGAGAGCUUCAGCACACUUGACCGGGCCCUUCACACCUCCUUUCUCGCAAUGUUCGGCGAUUGGGACUGGAUCGGUAUGCGAGAUGUUGGAAUGAUGAGGUCGGCUGCCUGGUUCUGGCUUUUCAUGAUCGUGAUGGUCCUAUUCCUGCUGAACAUGCUCCUGGCAAUCAUUAUGGACGCCUACCAAGUCGAGAAGUUUAAAGCUUCCGACACGACGACUCUCUGGCAACAGGUUUUAGACAUGAUCCAGCGACGGCGCCAGUACCAAAGAGGCGAGCGAGUCCGACUAGCCGACAUUUUCGAGGUCUUCCGUAAGCAGUACAAAGGAAAAGAGAAAGAGAUGAUGUCAAGCGAUCGCAUGAUCUCUGUCGAGUAUCUCGUGACGCACGUGACUCGAAUGCCGUACAAACAGGCCUACAAAACCCUGGUGAACGCUCUUAAGAGGGAUGAGGAGCUCAGCAACGGCUUUAUGAGCGAGGAGCAAGUGAACAAGCAAGUCGAGUCCACACUGGACGCCUUUGCUGCCAAGAUUCAAGCGGUCAAGGAUGACGUGGAAUUUGUUUCAGACCAGCUCGACUUCUGGGACCGUCUACAGGCUCCAGGCGAUUCUGAGUAUGACUUCUACUUCGGAGCAGAAGGCCACACUCCGGAUGAAGCAUCCAAGCUCUGGAUUCAUAAUUCCAUCUCCUCGAUAUCUGUGGAGCUCCAGCAUCUUUUUGCCAGAGGCUUACAAAGGAUUGGCGUUUGGCAAGACGAGUUCGAGUGCGAGCAAAGCGAGCUUAACGAGAAUCUCCUGGAAGUGCACCAAGUGUUGGCUCAGCUGCAGGAUGCGGUUCAAAACUUGCAGGCAAUCGUCGACUCCAUGGACGGCAACAAGGAGGAGAACCCCAAUCCGGGUUGA